AUGCGUUCUGAAGAUGCGGCUUUAGUCGGAGAGCACGUAAUGAAUGGUCUUGUGCAAAUUAUGAAUCGCACUUCCAACAACAAGGGCGGUGGUAGCGUGAUGGAAGAAGCUCUUUUAGCGGUUUCUGUUUUGGCCGAAAGUACUUUACCUAGAUUUACUGUUCCUACUCUGAUCAACCCUAUUCUCUUCUUUGCAGCGCUGAAUAAUGGCUUCCUCCCUUAUGUUGACGCUUUGAAACCUCAUCUUAUGCGAGCGCUGAUCAAUCAUGAGGAGCCUCAGGUAUGUGCUGCUGCAGUGGGUUUGGUUACGGACAUGUGCCGUGCUAUAGAAGUGAAUAUUGCUCCUGCUCUUGACGACAUCAUGAAUACGCUUGUUCAAAGCCUGCAGGUGAAGCAUUUUUUAUCGUAUUGCUUUGGUUGGGAAUCGUGGCGGCGUAGCAGGAGUUCCCAAAGCCUCGCUGCUUUUCCCCGGAGCUAGUA